CAGGGUUUUCCAGUGGAGAGCCUGGAGCCUGUACGGUAGGUCAUUUACCAACGCUCACACAGUUUUCUGGUGGGUCAAACCUCUUUUAACUCUCAAAUUACCAACGGCCAAAGCGUCAAAGCUGGAUUGUGGUUAUCGAAUGCCUGAGCUUCUUGGGAAGAAUGAAAAGUGAAUUAUUUGUUUUUCAUCUGGUCAUUUUGGCAGGUGCUGCCUUGGCCUCCGAUAAUGAAACUAAUCUGAUUAAAAUCCUUUUCACUGGUUACAACAAGAUCGUCCGUCCCGUCAAUCACUUCAAAGAUGCAGUGGUUGUCACUGUGGGUCUUCAGCUCAUUCAGCUCAUCAGUGUGGAUGAGGUCAACCAAAUCGUCACCAGCAACGUGCGGCUGAAACAGAAAUGGAAAGACGUGAACCUGCAGUGGAACCCGGAGGAUUAUGGCGGCAUCAAAAAGAUCAGAGUUCCCUCCACUGACAUUUGGCGUCCAGAUUUGGUUCUCUACAACAACGCCGACGGUGACUUUGCCAUCAUUCAUGAGACUAAAGUCCUGCUGGAGCACACUGGAAUGAUCACGUGGAACCCACCUGCCAUCUUCAAGAGUUACUGUGAAAUCGUGGUGCUGCAUUUCCCCUUUGACCUGCAGAACUGCAGCAUAAAGCUCGGCACCUGGACCUACGACGGAAAGUUGGUCGUCAUCAACCCAGAAAACGACCGCCCUGAUCUGAGUAACUUCAUGGAAAGUGGAGAGUGGGUGAUGAAGGAUUUCCGUGGCUGGAAACACUGGGUGUACUACGCCUGCUGUCUCGACACCCCUUACCUGGACAUCACGUAUCACUUCCUCAUGCUGAGGCUUCCGCUGUACUUCAUCGUCAAUGUCAUCAUCCCCUGCAUGCUGUUCUCCUUCCUGACUGGCCUUGUGUUUUAUCUUCCUACAGACUCUGGUGAGAAGAUGACUCUCAGCAUCUCUGUCCUGCUGUCUCUGACCGUGUUCCUGCUGGUCAUAGUGGAGCUGAUUCCCUCCACCUCCAGCGCCGUGCCCCUCAUCGGGAAGUACAUGCUCUUCACCAUGGUGUUUGUCAUUGCAUCCAUCAUCAUCACUGUCAUUGUCAUCAACACCCACCACCGCUCUCCAAGCACUCACACCAUGCCGAACUGGGUCCGCAAGGUUUUUAUUGAAACUAUUCCCAACAUCAUGUUCUUCUCAACAAUGAAACGCCCAGGGAAAGAAAAGCAGCCGAAUAAAACCAUAUACGGCACUGAUUUUGACAUCUCAGACAUCUCUGGCAACCAGACCCAAUCCACGCCUUACCAGUCACCCAUCGUCAAGAAUCCUGAUGUCCGCAGUGCUAUUGAAGGAGUCAAGUACAUUGCAGAAACCAUGAAAUCAGAUGAGGAAUCAAACAAUGCAGCUGAAGAGUGGAAGUUUGUGGCCAUGGUGCUGGAUCACAUACUGCUGUGUGUUUUCAUGGCUGUGUGUUUCAUUGGCACGCUAGGCGUGUUUGCAGGCCGCCUCAUUGAGCUCAGCAGGCUUUAAAGUUAAACCUUUUAAAUGUAUUACAUGUGUUCAAUUGUAGUUUUUGAAGAUACUUUAUAUUUAAAACCUUCCAUAUCCCCGUAAUUGUCCCUCUCUGCGUUUGUUUUGUGGAGUUUCUGCUUUGCAUAUACAUAAGAAUAUGUUAUAUGCAAUAGUGCAUCUCUGGUAUAUUUUGACUUUUAUAGGGACGAGUGCAUAUGUUAUCAUCUAAGAUGUUUUAUUAAUCAAAAAUAAAUGAAGAGUUACAAAUGUUGUCUGUUUGUACAUAUAAUCAACAACUGUGAUCAGAGAACUUCACUAAGGGACAUGAAGUUAAUCAGAUAUUGUAGAUUUACAACCACGGUUUCAUAAAUGUUGGGAAGCAAAGUCUCUCAAAAGUAAAGCUGUGCAGAUGUCCAUCAGUCUAUGAAGAUUUGCAGACUAUAAAACACUUUCAGAACAUUGUUCCCCCGUGUAAAAUUGCUAAUAUUUUAAAUAUAUCACCAAUCAUUGUCUAUAAUAUCGUCAGAAGAUUCUGAGAACCUGGAGAAAUCUGUGUGUGUGCAUGUAUGUGUGUGUGAGAGAGAUAGAGAGAGAGCGAGAUGACUGAAAAUGAAUAUUGGAUGUCUGCAGUCUUUGAGCUUUCAGGUAGUACUGCAUUAAAAACAGGGAUGAUUCUGUCAUGGACUUCAUGAACCCAGGAAAAGUUUGUGAAAUCACUGUCUUAAAAACAUUGUUCAUCAUGCCAUACACAAGUGCACACUUUAUUUUAUUUUUCUAACAAUGGCAGCUCUUACAGACCUAUGCCCUCCUUUUUAGACCCAUGUAGCAAAAGCAUCUUUUUUGAAUGUGCAAGUUAAUUUAAAACUCCUGAGACAAGGAUUUCAAGAUCUUAGUCGUGCUUUGUUGGAGGCUGGUGAGUGUUGUGUCGUUUUAUCCUUUAAGUUUAAAGGGAAAAACUGCAAGCAUUAAGCACUUUUUAAGGGUUUUAUUGGGUUUUGUGAUCAGAAAAAGGUUAGUGCAGCUGCUUUUCUUUUCUUUUAAGAACAAAUUCCUAAAAAGGGCCCUACUAUGUGUGCAUCAUACAGUCUGUUCUCUGCAUGUCCAUCACUGUCUGGUUCAGAUCGGCCACCAAACUAGACACACACAGACUGCAACUGACAAUUAGGUCUGCGGAGAGGAUAAUUGGGACUAACCUCCCAU